UUAGCGUAGUGGCUUGUUUACGUGGUUCGUACAAAAGUGUGAUUAGAGUAUUGUCUUUCGAUAAUAUAUAUUUUUUCAGGAUUCAGACGAAAGGUUUAACUUGUGUUUGGUGAGUUAUAAGGAAUCGAAAGCGCAUCAAGAAAGCUAGCGUCAAAAUGCACAUAAAAUCCAUUAUUUUAGAGGGUUUCAAGUCCUACGCAGAGAGGACAGAAAUCAACGGAUUUGAUCCACUUUUUAAUGCAAUCACUGGAUUGAACGGCAGUGGGAAAUCUAACAUUUUGGACUCCAUAUGCUUUCUCCUUGGAAUAUCCAAUUUAUCUCAGGUGAGAGCGACCAACCUUCAAGAUCUGGUAUACAAGAAUGGACUGGCUGGCAUCACGAAAGCCACUGUUUCAAUCACGUUUGACAACUCCGACAAAAAGCAGAGUCCUCUUGGAUUCGAGACGCAUGAUGAAAUCACCAUAACCAGACAGGUGGUAAUCGGGGGAAGGAACAAAUAUCUCAUCAAUGGGGUGAACGCCAACAAUACUCGAGUUCAGGAUAUGUUUUGCUCCGUCGGCCUCAACGUGAACAACCCACAUUUUCUCAUCAUGCAGGGGAGGAUCACUAAGGUGCUGAACAUGAAGCCACCUGAGAUUCUUGCCAUGAUUGAGGAGGCGGCUGGCACGCGGAUGUACGAAUGCAAGAAGAUCAGUGCACAGAAGACCAUCGAGAAGAAAGAGGCCAAGCUGAAGGAGAUCCAGACGAUCUUGGAUGAGGAGAUUACCCCAGCAAUGCAGAAACUGAAGGAGGAAAGAUCCUCAUACCUCGAGUACCAGAAACUGAUGCGUGAGAUCGAGCACCUGAGCAGGCUGUAUGUGGCCUACCAGUUUGUGUGCGCCGAGGAGAGCAAGCUCAAGUCGGCGGAGGACCUGCAGGGGAUGCAGGGGGCCAUCGGGGAACUGAAGGAGAGCAUGCUGGAGAACGAGAGCAAAGUCAAGGCACUCUCCGUGGAGAUCCAAGAGCUGGAGAGGAGUCGAGAUAAGGAGCUGGGUGGCAUCCUGAAAUCUCUGGAGGACAGCCUGGCCGAGGUGCAGAGGGUAGACGCCAAGGCCCAGAGUUCGCUCGACGUGAAGAAGCAGAACCUCAAGGACGAGACCAAGAAGCGGAAGGAUCUGGUGAAGAACAUGGAAGAGGACAAAAAGGUGCUUGCCUCCAAGGAGGCGGAGGUCUCCAAGGCGACGGGGGUUCGGGCGGUGCAGGAGGAGGGUCAGAAGGACGCCGAGGCCCUGGAGGCGGCCCAGCAGCACUUCCGCGCCGUCUCAGCCGGCCUCUCCACCAGCGAGGACCGGGCAGGAGCCACCGCUGGCCAGGGGCAGAUGAUGGCCUGCAAGAACGACAUCAGCUAAAUGCGAGACAGCCGAGGCCCAAACAGGUGUGCCCAAAUGCGACUGAAGCACGCGCAGCAGGAGCUGAAGACCAAGCAGGCCCAGGUGAAGAAGAUGGACAGCGGGUACAAGAACGACCAGGACGCGUUUGAGGCGGUUAAGAAAUGCAAGGACAAGCUUGAAGCUGAAAUGAAAAAGCUCAACUAUGAAGACGGCAAAGAGGAGGGUUUGAUUGAAAAGAAGAGGCAGCUGUCAAAAGAAGUCAUCCGCCUGAGGGAGACCUACGAGACUCUGAUGGGCCAGUUCCCAAACCUCCGCUUUGAGUAUACGGACCCUGAGAGGAGUUGGGACAGGAAGAAGGUGAAGGGUCUGGUGGCCAGCCUGUUCUCUGUCAAAGACGUGUCCACUGCCACGGCCCUGGAGGUGGUGGCUGGAGGCCGGCUUUACAAUGUGGUCGUGGACAAUGAGGUCACUGGCAAGAAACUUCUGGAAAAGGGUGAACUGAAGCGCCGCUACACAAUUAUUCCCCUCAACAAGAUAGCAGCCAGGACUCUGAACGACAACGUUGUGAGAAAUGCAAAGGACCUGGUGGGCCCAGAUAAUGUUCACACAGCGCUGUCCCUCGUGGGCUACGAGUCUGAGCUGAAGAAGGCCAUGGAGUACGUGUUCGGCACCACGCUGGUCUGUGACACUCUGGACAACGCCAAGAGGGUGGCCUUUGAUAAGCGCGUCAGCACCAAGACCGUGACCCUCGGAGGCGACGUGUUCGACCCACAGGGAACACUGACCGGAGGCGCGCGGGCCCAGACGGCCUCAGUGCUCUCCAAACUGGCGGACGUGAAGGACGUCCAGGACAAACUGACCGCUAAAGAGGCCGAGCUGAGCAGUUUGGAGAAGGAGAUGGGUGGCCUCAGGACCACUGCAGAGAAGUACCGUCACCUGAAGCAGCAGCUGGACCUGAAGAGCGAGGAGGCGCAGAUCCUGGAGACCAAACUUCAGCAAAGCUCCUUCCACCAGCAGCAGGAGGAGCUGGACGCUCUCCAGAAGACCAUCGAGGAGAGCGAGGCCACCCUGCAGAAGACAAAGGAGAUCCAGAAGAAGGCCGAGGAGAAAUACAAGGUGCUGGAAAACAAGAUGAAGAACAAGGAGGCGACGAGGGAGAAGGAGCUGAAGGCCGCCCAGAAGAUGCUGAACGAGGCCAAGGGCAAAGCGGACGCCUACAACAAGAAGCUGAAAGAGCGGCAGCAGGAGGUGGACACCGUGUCCCUUGAGCUGGAGGACCUGAAGCGGGAGCAGGCUGGCUACCAGCAGCAGAUUGAGGCAGUGGAUGAGGCCCUGAAGGCCGUGCAGGAGCAGAUCGAGGCCAUGUCCGUGACCGUCGCAGCCAAUAAGGCGGCGGUGAAGGAGGCGCAGGAGGAGCUGACCCGGCAGAAGGAGGUGAUCCUGGGUCAGGAGCGGGAGAUCAAGGGCAAGACGGGCGAGGCCAACCGCCUGCGGGAGCACAACAACGAGGCGCAGCUCAAGAUCAAGGAGCUGGAGCACAACAUCAGCAAACACAAGAAGGACAGCUCCGAUGCAGAGGCCAGGGUGGCCCGGAUGCUGGCGGAGCACGAGUGGAUCACCUCCGAGAGGCACCUGUUCGGCCAGCCCAACUCCGCCUACGACUUCAAGUCCAACAGUCCCAAGGAGGCGGGGCAGCGCCUGAAGAAGCUGGAGGAGACCAAGGAGAAGCUGGAGAGGAACGUCAACCGGCGCGCCAUGAACAUGCUGAGCGAAGCCGAGGAGAGGUACAACGACCUUAAGAAAAAGAAGAGAAUUGUGGAGAAUGACAAGGCCAAGAUCCUUGAGACCAUUAAGGAGCUGGAUGAGAAGAAGAACGAGGCUCUGAAUGUGGCCUGGCAAAAGGUGAAUAAGGACUUCGGCUCCAUCUUCGGCACCCUGCUGCCCGGUUCCGACGCCCGGCUCGCCCCGCCCGAGGGCCGCGGGGUUCUGGACGGCCUGGAGUUCAAGGUGGCUUUGGGCAACACCUGGAAGGAAAACCUGACAGAGCUCAGCGGAGGACAGAGGUCUCUGGUGGCCCUGUCUCUCAUCCUGGCCAUGCUGCUGUUCAAGCCCGCCCCCAUCUACAUCCUGGACGAGGUGGACGCCGCCCUGGACCUGUCGCACACACAGAACAUCGGCCAGAUGCUCCGCACACACUUCACACACUCGCAGUUCAUUGUGGUCUCGCUGAAGGAUGGCAUGUUCACCAAUGCCAACGUGCUCUACAAGACCAAGUUUGUGGACGGCGUGUCGGCAGUGUCACGCACAACCCAGGUCCAGGAGGGCAAAGGUCACGGUCAGAAAGCCCAGGACAAGGCCAAACUCAAGGAGAAGAGGCAGCGCAACCAUUAACUAACGUUUAACUAACGUUUCUCCACUCUAUGUUUGUGUCAUGUCUCUUUUUUUACGUGUUGUAUUUGUUUCGUUUCCAUUUCUGUGUUUCUUUAGCUCUGAAACUUUGGAUGUUAUUCAGAGUACUGUUCAACAGUUUCCAUGCUAAAUUAUGUCUUGACCAUCUUUUUUUGGUAACGCACAUAUGCGAUUUUAUAACAUUUGUAUUUCAUGCAUCCACUCAAUUUAAAUAAAGUUAUACAAAAACAUGA